AUGUUUUCAACUUACUUGCCUCCAGGCACUGAUAAUGCCAAGGCGGCGACAACAACAACAACAACAACAACAACAACAAAGUUGAUCGGCGUGAUCAGGACGACGCGGUCGUCGCCGCGGGGGCUGCAGAUAGGCUACAAGCUACGGUCGGACUGCUGGGGCAAGGGAUACGCCACGCGUGCCGUGUGUGCAUUUCUGGAUGUCUACUGGAGCCGGCCGCGCUGGGUCCCGAGGGAAGAGGUGUUUGUUCCGCAGACGCAGGGUGGUGGAGAAGUUGGCUUGGACAUGUUGAAGGAUGGGCCGUCGAGGAGGGGCGAAAACGUGGUGACGAGGGCUGCCGGGCUCGGUGGGGAGGAUGACGAGAUCGAGAUCACGCAUCUCAUAGCCCAAGUGGACCCGGAGAACAUUGGCAGCAUGCGAGUGGCGGAGAAGUCUGGUGGGAAGCUCGUUGCUGUCGACAGGGGUUGCGUCAAGGUCUGGCGGUUCCCGGAGAUGCGAGAUAUGGCUACGUGGAGGCUAGACAAGCCCCAGGUCAACUUUGCAUCAGCUUGA